AAAUGGUCAAGAAAAAGCAUAGGUGGUUCUUAGCGGUCUUGCUAAGUGUUCACAUAAAUAAUUUCCAGCUACAGAAGUUGCACUAAAAGUGUAAAAAAAGGGGGGUUGUUAUCAUCUGUAAAGUAUUGUGUAAACACAGCAGUCGAGCAGACAUUAAAAUGAGAUAAAUAAUUUUGAUAUUAGAGAACAAGCAAGUAGUUAUUUUAAAGAAUGAAUCUAGAACAUUGAAUUUCCUGUCUUGGAAGGAGAAGAAAUAUAAAGAUGGGAUAAGACUGAUGUAACUAUGGACAGUAUUGAUCCAGUCACCAAUAUCACAGAUAUUACAGAAGCAACAGCUUCAGCAUAUAAUACCAGUAUUACAACGCCAUUCUGGAAACACCAUGACGAUGAUGAUUCCUCUGGUCACGGAAUUAAAGACCAUACAGUUUUUGUAUCGUUGGUUGUCAUGGGGAUUAUUGUGCCAGCCAUCUUUAUUUUCAUAUUUACAAUGAUUUGCAUUAAACAUAGGAAAACCAAGCAGACAAGAAGAUCAACCAUGUUAUUGAGAAACGGCCCUGACAUUCCCAUGGAUGAUAUUCCUCUGUCAAUCAGAACAAAUCUAGAAAAUGGCCGACUCUAAAUCAUGUAUACAGCAGACAUCUUGAGAGAGACAGAUUAAGGACUAUGAAUGUCAGAAAACAUUUAAAAUGUUUUGCUUUUAAAACCUGGUUGUACUAUUUUUAGGAUGUGAUUUUUAUUUUAUUUUUUUAUAAUUUUUAGUCUAGUCUACAUAUAUAUAUUUAUGCAAUACUUGUAUUUGUCAAAAAGUAGCUUUUACAGCUUUCUUUUUUUAAGCCAUUCUAAAUCUUAAAUUUUGACAUUUUUCAAAAUAUUAGGCUAAAGGUCUUCUAACAUUUUGAAGAAUGAGUGUUAUUUCUAGAAUUUCGUAGAGAAAAUUGUUUUUUACAACUUUUAAUCAAUUGAAUUAGACAUGUUUGGUCUUUUAUAUAAUAAACCUUUUGAAGAAGUUUAGAUUUGUUGUCUGAUUUUUCUAGUGAAAAUCUUUUUGAAAGUUUUAUAUUUGUUGUUGUCCGAUUUUUCUCAUGAUUUUUUUUUUAAAACGUCAUUUAGUCAAACGAAUGGGGCAUUUUUUCCCAACGUAUCCGCUUAAUAACUACAACAAGUCUUAUACCUAUUAUAGCACUGAAUGUAAAAAAUUGCUUUAAUUUAUCAGUGGGAAUUAAAAUUAAAUAUUGUGUUGUAUAAAACUCUGGUUGUAGUUGAGUCAAUUACAAUUCUGGACAAAGGAAGAUAACUCCAAUUUUUAAAGAUGACUUUAACAAUGACAUCAUUUAUAUUUUUAGAACAGAUAUUAGAUUCCUGCACCUUGCAAAAGUUAUGUAAUUGUCUUGACAAUUGUUACAUCAUUUUUUUACUUAAAUAUCUGAGUAUAUAUUACAUUGAUAAAUUACUGGAAAUGUUCAUGGAUAGGAUGUAUAGAAUGUUAUGAUCAAUGCACUAUAUUUAGAUAUCAAGUCAGUACCAUAGGGUUCUGAUUGCAUUAUGUGAAACUAUGUUACUGAGCCUAGCUAUAGAUACUGUAAAUUCAGAAAUUCAUGUGUAAUUUGAAUUCGAUUCGCAUUAACUAAUUCGAAUUAGUUUAAUUUGCAUUCGAAAUGUUUCACGUCCUAACGUCAAUUCUAAUUUGAAUUGGAAUGCACGUCAAAUCCACUGAACUGUCCUAAGGACGUUAACCUUUUAUUCGGACUAACAAAAAUGUAUUUCAGGUGCAAAUUAGUUAUUUCGAAUAAGCCAAAUAGAAUCAAUUCGAAUUAAAAAAGAAGAGUGUGUGAAAGAGAUAAGCAAAUUCGAUUCAAAUUAAAGUUAUGUGUGAACGAGGCAACAGUUCAUUUCUUUUUGCAAUUUGAGAGGAACAAACAAUAUGUGAGAUUAGUUAUUGCCAUUCCAAAACCAUAUGUAUGCAGAUGAAUGUAUAAAAUUUCAGAAUUUAAGUGCUUAUAAUUGCCAUACUCAGUCAGUACCAUUAUUGGCAAUGAUAAUAGCCUCACUUUCAUUUCUGAAUGUACAGUUGUAGAAAUGUACUUUAAUAAGGGUACCUAUUGUAAUAAAACAAAACAUUUUUUUUUGUAGUAUUGUAUUAAUUGGUGCUAGCAAAUGUAACAAAUGUUUAAAGUAAUUUAUAGUCAGGGUCCAUGGUAUUCAGAUGUGUUUUUAAUUAUUUUCGUUAAUCUUUAGAUUUAAAGCUGAAAUUGGAUUAUUGAUGUUUCGAUAUGCUUUUUUGUAUGUUAACAACAUAUUGAUCAGAAGUCAAUGUUGGGUUUAAAAGUGCCUUGUGUAUUUAUUGUGGGUCUCAUUGGGGUCUAAGCGUGAGGCGGGAUUGCCAAUUUUUCGUAAUCGUGAAAGUAAAAUUAUUAUGUCGUGAAAACGAGAAAUGAGGUCUUGCAGGACCUGGGAAAUAACAGAUAAAUGAGAAUUGCUUACGUACAAAGUGUAACCGGGAUACAGGAAUCUGACAAAACAGUAAGCGGGGUCCGGGAUCGGAACCCCCCAAUGAGACCCCCUUUAUGAAUCUUGUUAUUGUUGAUAUGCUUUCUCAAAGGUUAUAUUAACAUCCUCAACAUUGCUUCAUCUCAAAGGCUCCCCAUAGAGUUUAUUAUGUGAUUAAAAUAUAUCAAGAUUAUUUGCAAAUCUAGUACUUCAUUUUUGUCACAAUAAAAUUUCCAGUCAGUUCCUCAUUUCUUCAAGGCAUUUUUUUGUGCUUGAUAGGCUUAUUUACAUUCCCUAUAUUUGACUGUAACAUUUGAAUUAUUAGUAUCUCAUACUAAUAGCCCCUUCUCUCACUUUCCUAAUUAAUUUUCCUCUGAGUUCAGUAUUUUUGUGAUUUUACUUUUUUCUCAAGGAAGAUUUCCCCCAGCAUUUAAUACCCUACAUUGCAAUAAUAUUUUGUAAUAAUAUUUGAAUAUAAAUUCUUAUGAUUUUAAUCAAAAGGGUUGCGCUAGUAUUUAUUUCUCAUAAGCCUUUUUUAAUUUAUAAUAAUUAAUAGAAUGAAUAUACAUGUACGCAUAUUUUGUAACUGUGCCUUUUGUUUUAUUUCUAAGUGCCUUCUACAUAAUAUUUGUAAUUGUUAUACAUGUAUAAAAGAAUAAAUACUUUUGUUAUGA